CCAAGAAUGUGAUAGUCUCAUGCUUGAUAAGGUGACCCAAUUCUGUAGUGACCCAAUUGGAGUGUAUUUUAUGACACGUGGUUUUGCAUUUUCUUUUGGGACUUUAUCAGUUGCAGUUGAGGUGAUCGGACGCCCAAGUUCUACACGAAGGUCAAACCGCCAAUCAUGGACACCCAGAAAUACCGAGACGCUAGCCUGAAGGCAGUCAACUGCCUCAUUUCCCAGAUGGACGAGAACGCCCUCUAUCAACAAGAAGGACUUAAAGGGGAGUUCUCUGCUCUUUACAAGCUGCCAACACAACUCCUUUUGUGGGGAAAGCAAGAAAUCGCCAACAAGAUCUUUGACCACGUAAAGAAGAACGUCCUCCAACCUAACGGUGACUUCUAUUCCUACCCUGAGAAGAAGGGAUGGGAGAGAAAAUGCUGUAACCCCCUCCUUGCAUACAACUGGCCAUAUAUCAACGGGUGGAUUGCAGUGGCUGCUCAGAGGGGUGGCAGAUUCGACAUCUCUGUACCAGCCUUCAACUACAUCAGGACCUUCUAUGACCCAGUCCAGAAAGGCUUCCUCUGGAACCAGCCCUAUAACCCGGAUGUGGACACUCUGGAACAGAGCCUCUGUGCCUUCAUGUGUGGACAUCUUGGUUACACGGCACUGUUCUGUGGAGACAUGGAGGUAGCUCGUAGCACUGGUGACACUCUGAUCAGAUUCAUGGACAUCCAGCCCAACCUGGACGAGGAGUUCCUGAUGAAGAUGGACAGCAGAGGUCAAAUCAUCAAAUCCGGUUGGCCCGAAGAUAAAGCUGUCUUCUUCCGGAUCAAGAGGAAGCAGUCCCCCAAUCUCUUCUAUCAGCUCGGGUUUCCUGCAAUCUUGCUGGCUAAACUCUACCUCGCAACCGGUACGAAGCGUUACCUUGAAGGAGCCAGACGCUAUCUGGACUUCGCCUACUCGUGCGGAGAGUCACUGUACUCCUUCAUAAGAGUCACAAGGUUGCAUACGGAGCAUCACUCGUGGCCGCCAUCACAAAGGAGGAGAAGUAUGCAACCAUGGCAACAAGAAUAUCAGACUUUAUCAUGUCUACGAGGACAGACAGCGGCAUGUUUCUGUCGUCGUCCCCGCUUCUGGAGCGCUUCGACCAGACGGCCGAGAACAUCGGCUGGAUGAGAGAGAUCUCCGUCGAGCUGGAGUCCUAUCUCAGGCGUUAACACGGCAUUUCCAGCAUCUUAAAUUUGACAUUUUCAGAUCUAAAUGUUACAUUUCUUAGAUUUUGUAUUGUUUCUAAGUUUUCUAUUCAAAUUCAUCUGUUCGGGGUUUGGAAUUGGAUUCUAGUUAGCUGUAGCCAAACGAAGCUGGAUACGAUUUUGCUUUUUUCAGAAAUUGGAAUUAUUGUCAUUGGGAACAAUAUAUCUGAAUUCUGUCGAAAUGGUAUAAUUAUUCCAGAAAGUCAGUUACGGCAAAUUUGUAUGUUUUCAAAUUGUGCAUAGCCGAAUCGAUGAUUGUUUCAUGGACAUGAUUUAUGUUUAGUGUGGAACAUAUAGUAUGCUUGACAUGCGCUGUGUGUAUUUGGCUGGAUCAUACUCCAUGCCGGGAUUACAUUGCCCUGUGUUGAUUGGAUCAUGCGACCCACUCCGGCUGUAUCGGUAAACGUGAUAUAACAUUGUAUACUUAUGUUUACCAAUCACCAUUGUGACUUGAGUUGUACUUUUGUUAAACAAAAUCAUCAGAGCGUAAAUAAAAGCUACAAAACCCUU